AUGAGGCAGACAAUUUUUCUGCUUCUUCUUACAGUCCAUUUUACGCGUACGGAAAAUGAAGGUAAACUGAAGUGUUCACUGGAGUCACUUGAACCACCCUAUCAGCCAAACAUAUAUUUAUGUUCCACUGGAUACAGCUGUUGUAGAGUAUUUGGUCAAGUGGCUUGUUGUGCUAACGAUAUAGAAUGGCAAAAUUUUCUGUUGUAUUUUUGUUUCGCACUAAUUGCAUUACUGAUUGCAUGGGGAGUGCAACUCUACUUUGAAGACGAUGAUCCAAGCGUUAUUAUGUAUGCAAGCGAUAAAACUGACUGCAACAGGUUGGUUUUCUUUUUUUGUUGCUACUUUUUUUUUUUUCUAAAUUUUUUAGUUUAG